GUGUAGCUGGGAGCAGGCAGAAUUGCACAGGCUGUGUGUGUAGCUGGGAGCAGGCAGAAUUGCACAGGCUGUGUGUGUAGCUGGGAGCAGGCAGCAGGUGCUGCAGAUAGGGGGGAACCAUAGUACGAGACCUGUUUCCAGCAGGACAUAUUCCGCUGCAGCACACUACUCUUCCUACUUGGGAGCACACACUCUCCCCUUCCUUCCCCCAAACCUCAACCCCUUACCCACAGCAGCCACCCGGGAGAGAGAGGCAGGAGGAGGAUCCAGGUAAGGGGCGACCAUCUGCAGCCACCUGCACCAACAUCACGGCCACUGCUGCUCAGGGUGAUAGAGAGGCCAUACAUGACGGUUUUUUGAUGUAGACAGGAGCAGCUAAAAUCUUGAGCAUGACCAAAAACCUCCCAGAUGCUCAACUUGCAAUGCUCAGCAGCAUAGAGAAUGAAGAAAGGGACAGCAGUUUGAGGCCAUGCCAUAAAAAUACUGAAGGCAGCACAAAGCCAUAUAGUUCUAGUUGUCAGAUUGUGGUGAGUACUUCCAUACAAAGCCUUCAUGAUGGGAUGGCCAUGAAGGUAGGAAACUUGAAAAAUAUAGAAGUUCCAGCUCACCCAGUUUUAACGGUCAAAGAGGAGCUUGACGACCUUGAAUACUACAGGGAAGAACCUGUUUCUAGGAUGGAACUCGAGUGUGGUCUCUGUUCUGAAAAAUUUCCGUAUGUCUCUGAGCUGAUGUUUCACGAGCAAAUGCAUAAUGCCAUUAACCGUUUUGAGUGCCAGCUGUGCGGCCGGCAGUUCCAGAGCACUUCCAACUUGAAAGACCAUUAUAAUGUGCACACAGGAGAACGUCCUUAUAAAUGUGAAUUAUGUGCCAAAGCCUUCACGCAGUCGUCCUCUUUACUAACUCAUAAACGUACUCACACUGAUGAAAAACCAUAUAAGUGUGAAGUAUGUGGGAGACUUUUUAAAGAUGCUUCUAAUUUUAUAAAACAUAGGCGUCUUCAUGGCCAGGCUCCAGAUCUAGCCAACCAAGCAGAGGUCAGAAGUCCAUUCUUGUCUGAAAAGCCAUACAGUUGUACCUAUUGCGAAAAAGCCUUUAAGCGUUCUUCAGAUUUGAAGGACCAUGAGCGGGUCCAUACAGGGGAGCGUCCAUACCGCUGUAGAAUAUGUCAGAAGUGUUUUACCCAGUCUUCAGUGUUAACUGGGCACAUGCGUAUCCACACUGGAGAAAGGCCCUUCCACUGCAAUGUAUGCGGGAAAACCUUUAAUAACUCUUCAAAUUUUAAAAAGCACCAACGUACCCAUUCAGUGCAGGAUAUACUUGCAAAAGUUAAAAUGGAAGAAGGCUAUUCCCAAAUAAAGCAGCCACUUCGAAGCAAAAAUGGCAUAGGGUUUCCGAAGAGCGUGGGUGCAGUGUUGUAUAAUACUAAUAAUAUGGGCAGAAACUGUCCUAAAAUAUUGCCUACAUUGAGACUAAAUGACGACGAAGAUUGCAAAUUUAUAUCGGAAAAGAAAAUCACUGAAGGAAAUGGUGACGCAGUUUGCGUAGAUGGUUUGCAACCUCAGUGUGCAGGAAUGGCAACAGAUAAUACUAAAAAUAAAAACUAUUGUGAAAUAAAAGAGAUCAAGCCACUGGUGCGGUUUCAGAAUGGCUUGGAAAUAGCUUCGGAGUGCUCAAUCUCAAAUGUCAGAACCGAAGCCAAAGGACAUGCGUUCAAAGAUAUUUUGGAGAAUUGCGUUAAGGCAAAAAUGUCAAGGUCUCCUGCAUGUGCAUAUAAUGUCACCACUUCUGAAGCUCAAAUAAUGAAUGGUUAUACGAAAGGGGAACAUGAAAUCUAUGUAGAAAUAUCUGAUGAUUCUACAGAUGAUGAGUAUGUGGACGAUGAACUUGUUGAUCUUUCAAAAUUUCAAUGCCAGGUGCAAGAUCCCAAGUCUUCAAUGGAAGUUAAAAUGAAAUUUCUCCAUUCUGCAGAUGAGGGUAUAGGUCCUGCCGAGGAAUUGGAACCAUGUGAAACUGAAAACUGCCAAGAAAAUAUAAUAGCAGAAGAAAUCGGCAAUGUUACAGAACAGGAAGACCUUCUAUUGGAAAGGACCAUGGAAUGUUGGGACUCCCACAUGGAUAAUUCUGAUGACCAAGAUGACUUGCAGUUUAUGGAAAUGGAAGUUAAACCCUAUAUUUGUUUUGUAUGCUCCAAGCGGUUUAAAAGGGCUACCGAUCUAAAGGAACAUUUGAGGGUCCACACAGGUGAAAGGCCAUUUGUGUGCCAGGUGUGUGGUAAAGGAUUUACACAGUCAUCUGCUCUCUCUAGUCACCAACGAAUCCAUACAGGUGAAAAACCCUUCCAGUGUGAUGUAUGUUAUAAAAGGUUUAAUAAUUCUUCCAACUUCUCUAAGCAUAAGCGGGUACAUACAGGGGAGCGUCCUCAUAACUGCCCGCUAUGUGGAAAGAGCUUUCAGGAGAAACGGAGGGUUAAGAGACAUUUGAAAGCCGUUCACCACAUCCAGGAGUGAGGCACUCUGUCUGUGCUUACCGAGAUUCCACUGACUUGUCACUUAGAAAAUGUUAUAUUAUUGACUAUUUUUAGUAAUUUUAGUUGAUUUUCUUACAGGAAAUAGCUUUAAACCUACACUAACUUACAUUGCAUCAGUGUGACUGUCAGAAAAUAUCAAACUUUUAGCCAAGGUGUCACACGCAUUAUUUUCUAUACACAGUUUGACGGGUUUCCGUAUCUGUUGUAAGAAACGUGGGCUAAUAUAAUCUGAUAUGUAAAAGUAAAACAGUUGCACACAUGCCA